AGAAUUCAUUAGUGGCCUCACUUUUCUCCAUUUGUGCAAGCUCUCUCUCUCUCUCUCUCUCUCUCUGAUGGCUGACACUAACAUAGCUUCAGUGCUCACACAAUCUCCUGUUCCGAAAAGCGGGACUACCUCCGUCCCUCCAAAGGCAUGUGGAGUCAUUUCCAAUGACUCACUUUUAGGUGUAGAUGAUGCAAUUCCCAUUAUUGACUACUCCAUGCUUACAUCUGAUGAUCCUGAUCAACGUUCCCAAGCCGUUAAAAACCUUGGCAAAACCUGCGUCGAAUAUGGCUUCUUUGCUGUAAUGAAUCACGCAAUACCAGAUAGUCUGAUUAAUGGUACGAUGGGGGCGCUUAUGAGGUUUUUUGAUCUAGCUGAAGAGAAGAAACGCAAGUAUCAAUCCAACAAUUAUACUGAUAAGAUACGGUGGGGAAGAGGGGAUGUCCACCAUGUUAGCAGGGAGUAUUUCAAGAUUGCCGCUCAUCCUCAGUUCCAUUGCCCUACUGACCCCGAUGGUUUAAGAGAGAUUUUGCAAGAGUAUAGCAAAAGAUUGAGAGAAGUGGGGAUUAAUUUACUAAGAGGGAUUUCAAAGUCUUUGGGAGUUGAAGAAUAUUAUAUACAAAACGCAAUGAAUUUGCAGUCAGGCUAUGAUUUCUUCACUGCAAAUGACUAUCCACCACGUGUUUCUGCUCCAAACAUAAUUGGUCAAUUCCCUCAUAAUGAUCCUGGUCUCCUAAUCCUUCUUAUGCAAAACGAGAGUGGGGGUCUCCAACUAGAGCACAAGGGGAAAUGGCUCAAUGCAAAUCUUAAUCCUAAUUGGAUUAUCGUUAAUCUCGCUGAUCAUCUUGAGGUUUUAACAAAUGGUAAAUAUAAGAGCACCAUACAUCGCGUGAUUGUGAACAAUGAAAUAAGAAGGGUGACUUUUCCUCUAUUUAUGGGACCAUCACUAGAGGCAUUAGUUAGCCCUGCACCUGAAUUUGUAGAUGAUGAUCAUCGCCCAGCAUAUCGUGGCAUGUCCUACAAAGACUACUUAGAAGCCAACCAGCACCAUAUCAUCGAGGGAAAGUCAUGCCUCAAACAGAUUCGACUUUAAGUUCAUAAUUGUCUCCAAGGCGAGACCUAUUCAUGUUUUCAUAAUAAUUAAAGUGUAUCAGGAAAUAAGAAGUUGUGGUGAAUUAAAUAAUUAAUUGUAUUCGAGUAUUUGACUUAUUAGUUGGU